CUCUCUCGAUCGAUGUAGAUAUCAGGAAGAUCAAGUGUCAAAUGGGACUUUAUGCAAGAGUUGUGGAACACUGAAAGUUGAAUUCAUUAGGGGUUGAAUAAUUUGCGCUUUAGCGAUCUAUGAAAUACCCGACGUAUGAACCCUCCUCGAUUUACACUGGCGGUCUUUUCGACGUCGUUCCAUGUUUAGCAAUGACCGAUCCGGUCUCAAUUGCUGGGCUGGUGAUUGCAGUCGGCCAAGUGGCAACUGCUUUGUGCUCAUAUGGUGCCGCCCUGAAGGAUCGGAAAGAGGAGACGAGAAGUCUGAUGCUGGAAGUUUUUGCGCUUAAGGGUAUUCUGGAAUCCGUCUCCGCUGAUUUCGAAGACCGUUUACCCAGGAAUUCCGACUUAGCGGAUGAGGAAUCAUGGCCAGCAAUGGUGUCGAUGACACGGGAGACACUUGUGGCUCUUCAGAAACGGCUCAAGGUGCCGACAGGCGUGCUAAAUAAUGCAAAGAGAACACUCACCUGGCCUUUUGCGAAACGGGAUAUCGAUCGAUAUAUUGCGUCUCUUGAACGGUCCAAAACAUGGUUUCUCAUGAUCAUUAUGAAUGAGACUUCAGCGCUGACGACAAAAGUGCACGCCGAUAUGAAGUCGUUGUCAGACACAAUACAUGAAGACAUAAUAGAACGCAAAUCAGAAAGCCUCCUAAAAGACACCGAAGAGAUCAUCCGUUGGCUCGCCCCCGUACGACCCGAAGAAGAGCACGCGGAUCUAACUCAGCUUCGGGCUCCAGGCAGUGGAGAAUGGUUCUUCGACAAGGAAUUCCAUGGCUGGCUGAGCUCUGUUGGCGAUAAGAGACGAAUCAUGUGGGUUACAGGCAAAUCGGGAGCGGGAAAGACUAUGAUAUUUUCCUGCAUCGUUGAGAAACUCCAGAGUCGCUGUCAAUCCUCUAACAAUAGAGUAUGCGGAUUUCAUUAUUGUUCUCUGAAUAACGCGAGUACGCAGCAGCCGGCCAACGUGCUGGGCUCGAUCCUUGCGCAAGCCGCUGAGAGGAAGCCCGAAAUAAUCGAGUGGAUUCGGCCAAUUCGGAGACACGACUAUCAUUUAAUCACACGGAAUACUCUGAGUGUCCACGAGCUUAUCGAGCUUUUACGGAAGUCCAUAAAUAUAUUCGAGGAGUUCUUUAUACUCGUUGAUGCACUUAAUGAAACGCCUCACCAGGGCACCAUAUUGUCCGCUCUGGCAGAGCUUGUGGCAGUUGCACCUACUCUACGAGUACUAAUAACUUGCACAACAGAUGCAGAUACACGCCCGGAAACUAGUUCCAUGGUCAUCACUCGGUACAUGGCGGCGUCUAUGAUCAAUCAUGACAUAGCGAGCUAUGUUGACUACCGAAUGAAAUCAGAGCCAGUAUUCAGUUGCUUGAGCAAAGCAACCCGCGAACAAGUGUUGGAAACAAUCGCAUCUACAGCGAACGGCAUGUUUCGCUGGGCUCAACUGUCAAUGGACCACCUCUCUUCUCUCCGCACCGGUCGCGCUAUAAAGUCCGCCUUGAACGACCUCCCCACCACUCUCCACGAAACGUACGCCACAAUCCUCUCACGCAUCCCCCCAUCCGACCGCUCGCUGGCCCGAGAUGUCCUCCUCUGGCUCAGCUUCAGCGUGCGGCCACUUACCAUCCACGAACUCGCGGAAGCCGUUGUCCUCCACGACUCUGACCGGUCCUUGGACGAAGAUUGCCGACUCGCAAAGCCCAAAGCGCUGCUGACUCUCUGUCAGGGGCUGAUUCACGCGGAAGUAGGGUUGAGCUACAGUGAAAGCAAUAUACCACCUGCAGCGAAGAUGUUGUCCGACAAUGCUAGCGUUAAGCUAUCUCAUGAUUCAAUUCGGACGUUUCUUAUGUCGGACUGGAUCAAAACUUCAAGCGUCUCGGGGUUUGCAUUGGAUAGUGUGUCGAGCAACAGAGAGAUAAUGCGGAAAUGUCUAACAUAUCUCUACUUCGACGAGUUCUCCAACGGUCGCGUUACCGGAUCUGUUCACCUACGCAACCGAUUCCGAGCGCACCCAUUGCUACUGUACGCGGCAUACUUCUGGCCGUAUCACGCAGAACUUACCGCACUGAAACCCGCUGACGUGGAUCUCAUCCUCUCCUUCUUCGCAACGAAAUCUGGGAAACACGGAGGGAACUUCGAUUCCUGGGCCCAGUUCCUGAUCGGGACCACGGACACGAAACCGAUCGAACAGACGCAGCCGCUGUAUUACGCGGCGUCGUAUGAUAUGGUGUCGAUAAUCAAGCUGCUGCUUAAACGAGGAGAUGACGUGAAAAUCGAUCGAAGAGGGGGAAGGUAUUACUCUACGCCACUUUUCGUGGCAGCUUGGAGAGGGAAUACUGAGGCAGCAAAGCUUCUAGUUGAAGCAGGAGCAAACCCUGAUUCGAUAGAUAACAGCGGGUAUACGUGCCGUGAGAUGUUACAACAUCGCGGUAUGGAUGAGGUUUUGGCGCUAAUAGCUCGCAAAAAGGGUUUAAGAAUCACGAAAGAUUAGCUGUAGUGCCAAUGGAGGGUUCCUCUAUCCUUUCUUUCUCAGGUUUCAUGAUGGGGCGAGGGAUAGGCAUGAUUCAAUUGUGGGGGUGGGUUUUAGGGUGGAAGAGUGGCUAGAUUGGGCGGCAUAUCAAACCACGAUGGAAAUGAAUUAGAACUUCAAACAAUAUCUAGCAGCUUAGAUAAUUGGAUUAAAUUCACUAAUCC